CGUCGUUCCAGCCCAACGAACCCAACGACCACCGGGAUCUGUCGCCCCCCAUGGACCCCACCGAACAUCAUCAUCACCGGUGCCCCGCACUGCACGGGGCGCGCCAAAUUCACUCGGCGUCCCCCUCCAACGGCCACUCCACCAACGACCACUCCACCAACGACCACUCCACCGACGAUGACGGGGCCGGGGCCCGCCUGUCCUACCAACACAACGGUCUUGCGGCUGACUCGGUUCAUACCGGGAAUUCCGAGAAGAAAGGCCCGGCCUCCAGGCCGUCGUCGGACGGUGACGUCGUUCUGUCCCCGGAAGAGCGCGCCAAGAUGCUGCAGAUGAUAAGGACGUUCAUGUCCACCAUAGGGGAAGGCUAUUACACAUUUCCGUGGUUCAAAUUCUUCAAAACGAAACUGUACAG